AUGAUGCUACGUAGAAAAGUGUCUAUUCUCCAGCAAAAACCUUUGACAGUCAUCCCUCAAACUCGUACGAUAAGAUGUGUGCAAAACAUCCGCUUCCCUUCGAGCUUCACAAGAAAUAGAUUUUCAAAUGCUAUAUCUGUUUCCACGUCUCGGAAACCAUGUAUUCGCAAAAUAUCCAGUGGACGUCCAAAUCAACCAGGAGGUACACAUCGCAUGAAUCUCGGCGGUGAAGACCAAAAAUCCCCUCUUGAAACCUAUGGAAUCGAUUUAACAGCCAGAGCUAGAGAUGGAAAAUUAGAUCCGGUUAUUGGAAGAAGCGCUGAGAUUCAACGAACAAUUCAGGUCCUCUCCCGGAGAACGAAGAAUAAUCCUGUCCUCAUAGGAAGCGCAGGAACGGGGAAAACAGCUAUCCUUGAAGGCUUAGCACAACGCAUAGUCCAAGGUGAUGUGCCUGAGAGUAUGAAGGAUAAAAGGGUUAUCAGUCUGGACCUCGGCCAACUUAUCGCCGGUGCUAAAUUCAGAGGAGAUUUCGAGGAAAGGCUCAAAGCGGUACUAAAAGAGGUGCAGGACGGAAAUGGUAAAGUUGUACUUUUUAUCGACGAGCUACACAUUCUACUCGGAUUAGGCAAGGCUGAGGGAAGUAUUGAUGCGAGCAAUCUUCUUAAACCAGCUCUAUCAAGAGGUGAAUUACAGUGUUGUGGAGCAACGACAUUGAACGAGUAUCGAGCUAUAGAGAAAGAUGUAGCCCUCGCUAGAAGAUUUCAACCGAUCCAGGUCGACGAACCCAAUCUUCAAGACACCAUAAGCAUCCUUCGUGGUAUAAAAGGCAAAUACGAGCUUCACCAUGGUGUGCAAAUCAUGGACAGCGCGCUUGUUGCUGCCGCGACCUACAGCAAUCGGUACAUCACUGAUAGAUUUUUGCCUGAUAAAGCUAUCGAUUUAAUGGACGAGGCUGCAAGCGCAUUAAGGCUUCAGCAAGAGAGUAAACCUGAAGAAAUUAUGCGCUUGGAUCAAAGAAUUAUGACAUUGCAAAUUGAAAUUGAAAGCUUGCGGAAGGAGAAAGAUGUCGCAAGCCUAGAUAGGAGAGAAAAGCUAGAACUAGAUCUGUCACAAUGUCAGGAAGAAGCCGCAAAGUUAUUAGAGGUAUGGGAAAGGGAAAAAGCUGGAAUUGAAGAGGUUAAGAGAGUUAAACAAGAUCUCGAAAAAGCUCAGUUUGAGCUCGAGCAAGCACAGCGAGAGAACAACUUCGCUCGUGCAAGUGAAUUAAGAUAUUCCGUGAUACCAAAACUGGAAAGCGAAAUUCCCAAAGAUGGCUCCAGUACAACAGGAAAUUCAAAUUCUCGAGAAAACGGCGAUCCUUUUCCCUUGAUUCAUGAAGCUGUAACAGCAGAUGAUAUAGCGAUGGUAGUUUCACGUAUUACCGGAAUACCAAUCACAAAGCUAAACUCUGGAACCGCUGAUCGACUUAUACGAAUGGAAGAAAUUUUACGAGAAUCUGUACGCGGUCAGGAUGAAGCAUUGACUGCUGUCGCGAACGCAGUUAGAAUGCAACGAGCCGGGUUGAAUGGGGAAAACCGCCCUCUUGCCUCUUUUUUUUUCCUUGGGCCUACAGGAGUAGGGAAGACUGAACUCUGCAAGAAGAUGGCCAAUUUUCUUUUCUCUACCGAUACUGCAGUCAUUAGAUUUGACAUGAGUGAAUUUCAAGAGAAGCAUACAAUAUCACGUCUGAUUGGAAGUCCUGCAGGGUAUGUAGGUUAUGAUGAUGCUGGACAGCUAACCGAGGCUGUCCGCCGAAAGCCAUAUGCAGUGCUACUCUUUGACGAGUUUGAAAAAGCUCACCGAGACAUUUCUGCUCUGCUCCUUCAAGUGCUAGACGAAGGCUUCCUAACCGAUAGCCAAGGGCACAAAAUCGACUUUCGAAAUACUCUUAUUGUUUUCACUUCAAAUCUCGGGGCAGAAGUUCUUGUUGGAGAUCAUCUCGACUCUGCAUCUCAACAUGAUGUCGACGGCGAAAUUUCUCAUACAAAUUUAACAAAUUUAGAUGCGCCUGAAUUCCUCAAUAGAAUAGACGAGUUCAUUAUAUUCAAAAGGCUUUCUCCUAUAGCACUUCGCGAAAUUGUUGAUAUUCGUCUUCGUGAACUACAAGCACAACUCGAUGCUCGUCGCAUCAAACUUGAAGUCAGAGAUGAAGUUCGCUCAUGGCUAGCAGCUCGUGGAUACGAUCCUAGGUAUGGCGCUAGGCCAUUAAACAGGUUAAUUUCCAAAAAGAUUGGAAAUCGUCUCGCCGAGAAAAUUAUCAAAGGAGAAAUUAAGGGCGGAGAUACAGCCUCUAUAGUACUGAAUGAAGAUGGGGAUGAUAUUCUUGCUCAAAGAAUGCAUAGUGGUUGA